AUGGAAAUGGAGACUAUCGGCGACCAAGGAACGAAAUUUGACGAACCACCUAUAAUAGGCCUAAAAUUAUCACUGGAUCAUGUAUUUCCUCGUCAGAGCAAACAAAUUAUUGUACCUAGACCUAAACAAAUAUUUGAAAUGAUGCCUCUUUCGGCAAGGUAUAGAUAUUUGAAAUACUAUGUAGCACGAAAAAUGCAAAGAAAGCGCCCUAUAAUGGAUUAUGUAAAUAUGAUUUCAGCCCAAAGAAUGUAUGGUUGUCCUAUUGGGGGCAUAGGUGGUGGUACAAUUGGUAGAGGAUACAAAGGAGAAUUUUGUCGCUUUCAACUGUGUCCUGGUAUUUAUGAAUAUGUUACAAUCCCGGAAUGUCAGUUUAUUAUAAAUAUUAGAAAUGCUAAACAUGAAACCAUAUUUCAAUCUGUUUUAUCCACUUAUAGAAAACCGAAAAAAGCACCUGCAUCGUGGGAAUGGAAGCUAAAUGGUUCAGAAUGUGAAUACACUGCCUUGUAUCCUCGAGCCUGGACAACUUAUGACUUGUCAAAAUAUGGAGUGAGAUUAGUGUGUCGACAAAUAUCACCUGUUAUACCUCAUAAUUAUAAGGAUAGCAGUUUACCAUGUGCAGUGUUUGUUUUCUCCGCACAAAAUGUUAGUAAUGAACAACGAGAUGUAAGCAUCACAUUUACCUGGACUGAAGUGUUAGGAAGUCCAAACAAAAAGAAAACAAUUGGUAAACUAGAUUUAGAACGGUAUUCAGAGGAGUACACAAGCGGCGUGACGUUGGAGCAAAAGAUAGCUGAUACGCCAUGCACAUUUACAAUUGCCAAAAGAAAAUGUGAUACUGAAACUAUCCACGACGGUUAUUGCUUAUGGAAUUCCACUAAAACAUCGAACUACGUUUGGGAAUGCAUAAAAAAGCAUGGAAAGUUACAACCUGACCCAAACCUAACGCCGCCGCCGCCUAAAUUACCAGAUAAAACUGAGAAAAGAAGCCAGAAAGAAGAAAAGGAGAAGGCAAAAAAAAUUUAUAAGUGUGAUUCCAUAGGACUUUCAAAUUCCAUAAGUUUGGAUCCUGGGGGAAGUGGAUCAACUGAAUUUUGCCUUGUCUGGGAUAUGCCUGUAAUAAAGUAUAGAAAGGAUAAGAAAAUACAUAAAAGGUAUUACACAAAGUACUUUGGUAGUGAUGGCAUAGCCGGUGCUAGUAUAGCUGCUUACGCUUUAAGAAAUUACGAAAACUGGGAAAAACAAAUUGCCGAAUGGCAAGAUCCAAUUUUGUCGAACAGCAACAUACCAGACUGGUUAAAAUGUGCCUUAAUGAACGAGCUUUACUUUGUCGCUGAUGGGGGAACAAUAUGGUUUGAUGUGCAUGAUGAAUAUCCUGAGACAGAUCCCAGACAUGAGUUUGGUGUUUUCGGAUAUCUGGAAGGACAUGAAUAUAGAAUGUAUAACACAUACGACGUACAUUUUUACGCUUCUUUUGCUUUAGCGCAGUUAUGGCCCAAUUUACAGGUUGUGCUGCAAUAUAUGUUCCGCGAUACAAUCGCGAUGGAGACAGUUAAAUGCAGACAGUCUCUGUACGAUGGAAAGUCUGUUAAAUUUAAAAUAAAGGACUCUAUUCCACACGACUUGGGCGAUCCAGAGGGAAAGCCAUUCACAAACAUUAACGCGUACAACAUCCACGACGUGAGCGAGUGGCGCGACCUAAAUCUCAAGUUCGUUCUGCAAGUGAUGCGCGACUACCGGAUCCUGCGCGGUCACAGCGCGCCCUUCAACGACGCGAGGUACCGUUCCAUGGCGUUCAUAGACGACGUACGCGACGGCACCGAGGACGAUCUGUAUUCCCGCGCGACGGAGCAAGCGGAGCUGGAGAGCUCCGCCUCCGUCGAGUUGGAGUCCACGAGUGCGGAGCCGCAACGCGUCGCUCGCAAUAUAUUGGAUCUGUUGUACAGCGGCGAGGUGGUGGAGGAGGCCGGCGGCAACGCGCGGCCGCUGGAGGACGCGGGCGCGGGGGGCGCGGUGUGGGACGCGCGGGGCUACCUCGCGGACAUGUACCCGGCCUGCGUCGCCUUACUGCGACGCGCGCGCCUCUGGGACGCCGACGGCGACGGACUUAUAGAAAACAGAGGCUUCCCCGACCAGACUUACGACGCUUGGGUGAUGACGGGCCCGAGCGCAUAUUGCGGUGGUCUAUGGAUUGCAGCCAUAAGUAGCGUAUGCUCAAUGGCCAACAUACUGGGUUUCGAAGACGAUGAAAAGGAAUUCUCUAAGCUUCUAGAACAAGCGCGCAAAUCAUACGAGGAAAAACUUUGGUCUGGAGCCUAUUACCGCUUCGACACACGUCCAUCCAGUAAUAAUGUGGUUAUGGCGGACCAGUUGGCUGGCCAAUGGUAUCUCCGCGCCUCUGGCUGGACAGAGCAAGUGUUCCCUGAUGAAAAUGUGAAGAAAGCGCUACAAACGAUUUAUGAUAAUAACGUGCUAUGUUUUGUUGGUGGCAAGAUGGGCGCCGUCAAUGGAUAUAUAACUGGAGCCCGCGGACGCAUUGAUACCACUGCGAUACAAAGCGAAGAGGUAUGGACCGGUGUUACCUACGGACUGGCAGCUUUGAUGAUAUAUGAGGGUAUGCACGAGCAGGCGUUUGCGACUGCAGGCGGUCUGUGUAACACUAUGUCCCAAAUGGGCCUUUCUUUUGAGACUCCCGAGGCCCUGUAUGAGAACGGUAACCAUCGUUCCAUAGCAUAUAUGCGGCCCUUAGCCAUAUGGGCGAUGUACCAGGCCAUAGUGGCGAGUCCUCCACCGUCGAUCACAUUGGCUAAUGGCCAGCCUCAUCAUGCCAAAGAAAAUAAUCAUUUAUAA